UUUUCUUUUUUUUCAUUGGAUUUCUCCCUCUCCCUCUAUUUCUUCCCCACCGAGCCGUCUCUGCUUCCUCCUUUCUUCCCCACCGAGCCGUCAGCCGCCCCUGCUCCUUCUCCCCAAAUCCCGGCAAGCCAGCCCGCCCGCGCCUCACCUCCACCUCGAGAAGAACCGCGACGCUUCCACGAAGCUCCCGCCGCAUUCACCUUGGUGCCCCGCGCCCCCACGCUCCCCCGCAUCGGAGCUCCAUGCCGCCGGCCGCUCGCCGUCGCCGACAGCUGCUUCCCAACCUCCUCUGACCCAGCCGCCAAGUCUAGGAGCACCGCGCCGCUGCCAGGAAUCUCCUGCUGCCCUCGAAUCGAAUCCCCGCCAACCAGAGCCGCCCCGCCUCAAAGCUCUGUCCCGGCCAAAGCUCGUCGCCAUCACUAGCUUCUUCCGGAGUCAGAUCCGUGUGGUGGCGGGAGGAAGCCAGCGGUUGCUCCCUCGCGCGGAUAGGGGAGGGCUCGGGCGCCCCGAUUUUUAGGGGAGAAGGAGAGGAGAAUAGGGGACGCGGAUUUUUUAGGAAAGUGAUAAGGGAACUGCUGGAGAGCUGUUUUGGCCGUUUUUCUCCUAAAAAUCGGAUCAGGGAGGGUAUAAGGGGACUGCUGGACUUGCUCUUAGUACGCAAUGUCCUACUGCACCUUAUUACCAUGUCCCCCAGAUAAGAUGGAUCCAUUUCUCGUCGAGCCGACUAGCUAGGCCUAUAAGUACCCGGCCAUGAUCGUAUCAACAUUCCCACGUACAACGCUCUCGAUCGCCCCUCUCCUCAAGCAACGCGCGUCCAAUGGCGCGCUUCCUCGUCCUCGCCUUCCUCGCAGCCACCGUGGUCGCGCGUACGUUCAGGCUGGAUGGCAGCUGGGCCAGGCGGCGCCGGCGACGUCGACGGCCGAGGUGUUCUGGCGCGCCGCUCUGCCGGACUCGCCCCUUCCGGACGCCAUCCUCCGCCUCCUCCGCCCUGCACCGGCUGCUGAGACCGGCUUCGUGAGCAGAGGAGCUGAGGAGGAGGAGGCGACCAACAAGCCCCCCUUCAACUACCAAGACUACAAGCGCCCCUCCGGCAAUGGCGCCGCCUCCCGCGCAAGGAGUGACUCGCCGUUCGGGUACGACUACAAGAAGCAGGCGCCGAGCAGCAGCAAACGCCAAGCCUCCACCGGCCCGCCGCCGUCGCCGUUCAUGUACGCCUACAAGACGGCGAGCGCUGCCGGCGGCGGUAAGCCUAAGCCGCCCAAGCCCGCGCCCUCGCCCUUCAUGUACGCCUACGACAAGAAGAAGGCGUCAACCGCGACGGGCGCCAACGGCAAGGCGCCGACGGUCUUCUUCCACGAGGAGGCGGUGCGCGUUGGCGAGAGGCUCCGCUUCCACUUCCCGCCGGCUUCCCCGGCCCCACUCGGCCUCCUCCCGCGCCACGUGGCCGACUCCAUCCCCUUCGCGACCACGUCCCUCCCGGCCGCCAUGGCCACGCUCGGCGUCGCCCCGGACUCCGCCAUGGCGCGCCGCAUGGAGGCGACGCUCAGCACCUGCGACGACGACGCGCCAACCAUAGCCGGCGAGUCCAAGUUCUGCGCGGCGUCCCUGGAAGCACUGGUGGAAGGCGCCAUGGCGUCGCUGGGCGCCAGCGACAUCAGGCCGCUCACGUCCCGGGUACCGCGGGCCGGCGCGCCGGCCCAGACGUACGCGGUCCGGGCCGUGCGGGCCGUGGAGGGCGGGCCGGUCUUCGUGGCCUGCCACGACGAGCCCUACCCGUACGCCGUGUACCGGUGCCACACCACGGGCCCGGCCAGGGCCUACGUCGUCGACAUGGACGGCGACGGCGGGGACAAGGUGACGCUGGCCACCGUGUGCCACACCGACACGUCGCUGUGGAACCCGGAGCACGUGUCCUUCCAGCUCCUCGGCACCGAGCCCGGCGGCGCGCCCGUGUGCCACCUCAUGCCCUACGGCCACGUGCUCUGGGCCAAGGACGUGAAGCGCUCUCCGGCGUGAGUGUCCCCCGGCCGGCCGGCUCUCUCUGCAUUUCUCGCCCUAAAUUUGUGUUCGAAUCGGUGUAGUACGUACGUAGUGAUCUGCCUACGCUAUUAUGUUAUCUUUCAUGUCAGUCUCUCUAUCGCCUGCUCUACUGUACCCCGACACUAGAUGAUCACCUGAGCAGCGUUUGCAAUAAAAUUACAGCGACAAUUAAGUGUCCAGUGAGCAACGUAUGCACAUUGGCAUCACAUUUGUCAUUUACAACCUGUUAUUUGCAGUGC